GCUGGAGAACCCAACCGACCGUGGGCGGCGGGACGCACUGCGGACCCCGGAGAGGGCGGACGAGCCGGGCGCCGGCGCCAUGGACCUGGUCAUCACGCAGGAGCUGGCCCGCGCCGAGAGCCAGCAAGAUGCUGCGUCCUUGAAGAAGGCCUACGAGUUGAUCAAAUCGGCCAACCUAGGGAAAUCGGAGUUUGACCCCUCAGAGAGCUUCAGCCCAGACCUGUUUGUUCUGUGUGCAGAGCAGGCCCUUAAGAUGGGGCAGCCAGAGGUGAGCGAGGACUGCAUCCAAAUGUACUUCAAGGUGAAGGCGCCCAUUACCCAGUUUCUGGGCCGAGCGCACCUGUGCAGGGCCCAGAUGUGUGCCCCGAAGUCGGCAGAAAACCUGGAGGAAUUUGAAAAUUGCGUGACUCAGUACAUGAAGGCCAUAAACUUUGCCAAAGGAGAACCGAGGUAUUACUUUUUGGUGUACAAUGCAUCAGUCCUCUACUGGCAGAUGGCGAGGCCGUUCCUCAAGCCUGGAUAUUGUCACCAUCUGAUCCCCAGCCUUUCCCAAAUCGUAAACGUGCUGAGUCAGACUGAGGAGGAAGACAAGGAGUGGCGCGCCGAGCUGAUGCUGGAACUUCUGGAGUGUUAUCUGCAAGCCGGAAGAAAGGAGGAGGCUGCCAGGUUCUGCUCCACCGCAGCUCCGUUCAUUAAGUCUCACGUGCCGCAGAAAUACCGGCAGAUAUUCUCCGUUAUGGUUCGUCAUGAAUUAAUGGACGAACUUCAGUUAAAGGAAGAAAAGAAAAAUUCCAUUAGCCUGUCAGUCACUUUCUAUAUUAAUAUGCUAAAGGCAAAAGCGGAGCAAAAUGAUUUACCAGGCGACGUCAGUGUCAUUCUGAGGAAGGCCUACAGACACUUAGGUCAUUACAACCACCAGCGCUUUCCUUCCAUCAGAGAAGAAAAAAUGCUUUUGCUUUUUGAAUUGGCGCGUUUCUCCUUGACCUUGAAAUGCAUGGAGAUCUCCUCUGCCUGCCUCUCAGACCUGAAGAAGAUGGAAAGCAAAGAUCCUGGGAAGCUUAUUGAAAUGGAAUGUCUGGAGUGUGAAUCAGAAGCUUUAAGACUUGAAAAUAAGAUGAAAGUGUACAUCCGAGCGGCUGUUGAGUCCCAGCUGGAUAUCAUACAGAGACUAGACGUCGCGCUGCAGCGAGCCGUCCGCCUGGGCGACCCCCGGGUCAUCCACGUGGUGUGCGCCACGCAGUGGAACACCUGCCUGCCCCUGCUACAGCACAACCUGCGGCAUCACCUGCGGAAGCCACUGGCCAGUGUCGCGGACGUGCUGGAGAAGGUGGACAGCCUCAUGACGCUGCUCCGCUGCCAAGUGCACAUGGAGAUGGCGCAGAUCGAGGAGGAUGAGGACCGGCUGGAGCCCGCCAUGGAGCACCUCUGGAAAGCCGCGCGCCUGGACAGCCUGGGCCUCUACCAGGACAGGCUCCAGAUGGCCUCCACCCGGCUGCGCCUGUGCACCACGCUAUACCAGGCCCCUGAGCGCGCGGAGGACAAGGCCAUCAUGGCCGUUGAGCAGGCAAAAAAAGCUACCCCAAAGGACAGCGUCAGGAAGAAGCGGGCCCUCCUGGUGAACGCAGGCCUGGCCUUAGCCCCUGACACGUUUCAGAUUGUGCUGGACAGUGAGAAUGAGGCCAAAGUCUCCACCGGGAAGAACAGGGGCCGGUUCACCUACCUCUGCGCGAAGGCGCGGCACCACAUCAUCAGCGUGGACAAAGCUGCUGGGCACCUGCGGCGCCUGGGCAACGAAAACGACAAGGAGAGGAUACAGAUUUGGGCAGAGCUGGCCAAAGUGGCCCGGAAACAAGGCGUGUGGGACGUCUGUCGGACGGCGAGCCGCUUCUGCCUCCUGUAUGACAACGUCAAGGUGAAGAAGUCGAGGCUGCGGAGAGGGAAGAAGAAGCGAGGUAGGGACGGCUCGAUGCAGGACACCUGGAGCCAGCCCGAGGUCGUCCUGCAGAAGCAGGUGUGCCCCGACCUGCUGCGGAAGUUCGCGGAGGUGGGGUUCAUCCAUGCUGAGGCCACGGUUCAUUUGCUGCGGUCAGAAGGUGUAGAGCUGAAUGACCGGGCCAUCCCCCCCGAAGACCUGAGCCAGCACCCAGCCGGCUACGUGCCUGAGCCCCCGGAGGUGAAUGCCGAGUGGAUCACAUACAGAACCUGGAUCGAGAGUCUGUCCCAGUAUGCCAUGAAUAACUGGCUGCGCUCCGCAGAGAUUGGACAGGAGAUCCAGGAGGCGUGGAUCGUGCAGAACGCCGUGGUCUACGUCCUGAACCACAACCACCACCUGAUCCUGGCCGGGCGGCAGAAGGAGCUGGUGGACGCCCUGUACCACCUCCUGAGCAUCGUCAAGGCCACGGGCCACAACGGGGACCCUGUGAUGCUGGUGACGCUCUGCAACACCUUGGCGCGAGGCCUGAUCAUCAGCUGGAUUCCAGUCCAGGCUGCCGAGAAGUCCAGGAAAUUCAUGCGACCAAACGCAUUUCACAGCCCACUGGACGCAGGAGCCACCUCCGAGAUCAAAACAGCGGUGGAGGUCUGUGAGUUUGCCCUGAACCUGAGCAACGGGAGCGCGCCCGAAGAGACGGUGCCCACCAGCACCCGGCAGCCGCUCAUCGCCACCUGGGUCAAGGCCAAGCAGCUGCUGCAGCAGCAGAUUGGGCCACGGCUGGGCACCGAGGAGCAGGGCACCAACGAGGAUGUCAGCUCGGUGACCAGAGUCCUUGUUGCCUUGGAAAUGUACUCAUGCAACGGGCUGGGCCUCAUGGACUUCACUGUCCCAUCCCUGGCCCAGUUGGUGAAAAUGGCUUCCGAGUGCAACUGGUCGGACCCCCUGGUGGAGCUGCAGACCCUGACGCGGCUGACCCACUUCGCCCAUGCGGCGCGUGACCAUGAGACCACCAUGUCCUGCGCUCACAGGGCUCUGGAGAUGGGCAUCAAGUACCUGAAGAAAUUUAGGCCCGAGGAGUCCCGGCUGGUGGCAGAGAUGCUGUGCACGGCCACGGCCAUCCAGGGCAGGAGCAUCAUGGAGAACCUGAAGGGCCGGAAGCAGCUGCGGCUGGUGGCAGCCAAGGCCUUCACGGAGAGCGCCAGGUUCGGAGGCAUCGCGGGCAGCAGCGCCCUGGUGAUGCUGGCCGCGCGGCACUACUGGAACGCCUGGCUCCCACUCCUGUCCUCAGCCGUCUACAGGAAGAAGGCCAAGGGUGCCCUGAAGAGGAUCAUCAGCAUCAUCAACAAGACAGAGGCCAGAAAGCAGGAGAAAGGAAAGACGCUGCUUCUGCACCAGUGGCCCACGGCUGACUUCCAAGGUGGCGGGAUGACCGAAGGAUAUUUUCUUCCAGGGGCUGAGGACGACCUGGCGCUCCGUGCUGCGCUCUACGGCCUGCUCUUCCACAGCCAUGCCGACCAGGACGACUGGGAGGGUGGCCUCAAGGUGCUGGACGAGGCUGUGCAGGUGCUGCCAAGGACGGCCCACCGCCUCUUGAUCUUCAAGCAUAUGGUCAUCGUGAAGGCCAAGCUCGGGCAGAAUUUUUCGAUGGAAAUACAGAAAUUCAAGGCCGAGAGUGAGGACUACUUGGCGCGCAUGUGGCACCGCCUGGCCCUGAACUCACCGAGCGUGUCUGGAGAGCUGGCCUGCUACAACAGCGCCAUCCAGGCCUUGCAGAAGCCUGAGACGGAGUGGCAGAAGGUGGAGUACCUCAUGGAGUUCGGCCAGUGGCUCCACCACAGACACUUUCCUCUCGAGGACGUGGUCUUCCACCUCCACUGGGCUGUCGAGAUCCUGCUGGCCAUGAAGCCGCCCGGCGACGCCCCUGAGCCAGAGCCCACACCGGAUGGGGAGUACAUGGCUGUGCAGAUGCCCCCACGGAGCCCCGUGUCCGAGGCCGAGGAGGCGGUGUCCUUGGAGCAGCUGCGUAGCGUGCGGCAGCUGGAGGCGCUAGCCCGCGUGCACAUCCUGCUGGCCCUGGUGCUGUCGCCGGGCGCCGAGGGCUACGAGGACUGCUGCCUUGCAGCCUACGCCUUCUUCAGGCACAUCUGGCAGGUUUCUUUGAUGACAGCAGGAAAAUCAGUUCCGGAAAACAGACCCCUGGCAGCAACCAGCUCACAUCCGUUAUUGCCUAAAAAAGAGAAGGAGAAUGAGAGGAGUAAAGAGAAGGAGAAUGAGAGGAGUAAAGAGAAGGACAAGGAGAAGGGAAAGGAAGAGAAAGUCAAGGAGUCCAAGCAGUCUCAAAGCCCAGCUCCUAUCAAACAACUGGAAGACUUACCCACAAGCAUAGAAGAGUGGGCUUCCUACUCCUGCCCCGAGGAAGUGCUGUCUGUACUGAAACAGGACAGAAGUGACUCUACUGUUAACCCCUCAAGUAUCCAGAAGCCGACGUACAGUUUGUAUUUCCUGGACCACCUGGUCAAGGCCCUGCAGAAGAUGUGCCUGCACGAACUCACGGUUCCCGUCCUGCAGUUGGGGGUGCUGAUUUCGGACUCCGUGGUGGGAAGCAAGGGCCUAGCGGAUCUCUACCACCUUCGCCUCGCCCACGUGUGCUCCGAGCUGAAGCUGAGAGAAGCAGCCACGCACCAUGAAGAGGCGAUCGGGCAGGUGUACGUCAGUGAGCUGGAGCAGGCCAGCUGCAGAAAAGAGAUCGCGUUGAAAAAAGAGAAAAAUAAGGAGCCUUUAUUAGAAGAAAGCCUGCCAACACUGGAUGAGCAGACACUUCCCGUCCAGCCUGGGGAGAUCAAACCACUGGAAGCCAAGGACAAGAUUUUGAAGAUGAAUGGGGAGACCGGGAGGGACCUGGAUGGGACGUCCUUUCCCCACCUGUGGAUGCUAAAGGCAGAAGUUCUGCUGGAGAUGAACCUGUACCAACCUGCACGGCUGCUCCUGUCGGAGGCUUACCUGGCUUUCCAGGAGCUGGAUGAGCCUUGUGCAGAGGCCCAGUGCCUGCUCCUCCUCGCACAGUUGGCCAACAAGGAGAAAAACCAUGGACAAGCCAAGAAAAUGAUCGCACAGGCCCAGCACCUGGGCGGAAGUGAGGAGUUCUGGUACAAUUCCACUCUGACCCUGGCAGAGGCGCUCUUGUCUAUGGAACACUCAGGAAGAGAAGCUACGGUGUGUCACAUAUUUCAGAAGCUCAUCAAUGCCUUCAAGAUCCUCAAGAAAGAAAGACCAAACCGAUUGCCUUUACUGGAAUUCAUGAUCACAGACCUAGAAGCCAGGUGCCUGAGCCUGCGGGUCAGAGUUGCACAGCAGUCAGCGGUCACCGAACCCACAGAGUGCUCGUUGCUACUGAAAGAGAUGGAUGAUGGCCUGUUGGAAAUUGAGAGAAAGUUUAUCGACUGUGGCUGCAAAGAGAAUUGUGUUGACGUAAAACUAGAGCGUGCGAAGAUCAAGAGGUUACGUGCCCAGAACGAGAAAGAUGAAGAACAAAAAACCGCGUAUUACUUGGAAGCGUAUGGCCUGGCCCAGGGCGCCGUAGCUGAGGAAGAAGGGAGGCUUCACAGCGUCCAGGGCCUAUUGUCACUUCAAGACUUGCAGAACGUCAACACGCCCCUGAUGAGGAAGCUGGCGCGCCUCAAGCUCGGCCUCGUGGAAAUGGCUCUGGACAUGCUCCAGUUCAUCUGGGAGGAGGCCCACGGGCAGCAGACUGACCAGGGGUCCCUGGAGAAGCUGCUGGCAGACUAUCUGCAGAACACCAGUGACUACACUUCCAUCGGCCUGCAAUGGUUCACGCUGAAGCGGACUCUGGCACAUGGGGCACUGGCACAGCUGGGGAGCCUGCAGCCGCUGAGCGUGGGCUGUGUGGAGAUCCGCGCCCGGCUCCUGGGCCUGGCCGGGAGGGCCCUGCACCUGCUGGCCAUGCAAGCUGACCCUGUGCGCCCUGCCUGCUACUGGGAGGAGGGCCCCUCGGUGGGCGCCAAGCUGAGCGGCCUCAAGUCUCUGGAGCUGGAGGUAGAGGAAGAGGGUGCCACAAAGUCCAGCAGGGACCCGCCGGCCUCCAGGGCAGCCCCGGAGGAGCACGGCAGGAGAGGCGAGGACCUGAAGCGGAGGAUGGCUCUGGCCCAGCAGUACCUGGCUCAGGCGUCAGAGGUGCUGCUGCAGUGCCUACAGGUGGCCCUUGGCAGUGGCCUCCUGGAUGUUGCAGCAGCCGCCAGCCUGGAGAUGGUGGAGUGUGUCGGCACCCUGGACCCCGCAACUACCUGCCAGUUCCUGGCUCUGUCUCAGAGCUGCUCGGCAUCGGAGACGAUGAGGGAUGUCCUGCUUACAGCCACAGCCAACACCAGCAGCUCACAGCUGGCGGCCCUGCUGCAGCUACAGCACCAGCUCCGGCGCCAAGACAGGACCACCACCAGCCUGGGUGCCAGUGUGGAGCAGAGGCUGGCUGCCGUGUCCAAGGCUUGGCAAAAUCUCUGCGUCACUGAACAGCAUUUUAACCUCUUGAAUGAGAUGCCUCCGACCUUUUGGAUCCUCUUUCUGCACCUCUCAGGGGACAGGUCCCGUCUGUACGGCGCUGCCUACGAGAAACCCAAGUUCAUUACUGCAGCCAAAGGAAAGGUGCAGGCAGUGGGAGGCUCCUGCAAGGUGAUGCGUCUGGCCAUGAGUCCCACCACCUUCUCCCACCUGCUGGCCUGUGCCCAGCAGUUCCGGAAGCAGACCCAGGCCCAGGUGUACAGCGAGGACAUGGCCCUGAACACAGACUCGGAGCCAGAAGGCCUCCAGGUGGAAGAGAAGGAGCGCCCUGUGCAGAGGCUCAGCAGCGUUCUGGGGCCCCUGGAGGAGCUUCUGAAGCCGCUCUUCCCCCUGCUCAGCCUCUCCGAGGCCAGAGUGCAGACACCUGCGGUUGUUGCCGAUUCAGGGAAGUCGAAGGGCAAAGACAAGGAGAGGAAAACGUCCACAGGACAACACGACACAGUCCAGCCCGAGGUUGCGGAUAAGAUAGUCCUGGUCGCAGACAGACAUCUCCUGGAGCUGCCACUGGAAGGUCUUUCUGUGUUCGAUGAAGGGACAAUUUCCUCUGUGUCACGAGAGUUUUCUCUUCAAAUGCUGUGGAAUCGCCUCCAUAAAGAAGAGACAGAAGGUGGUGUGAAAAAGGAGGGAAGAAGCAGAGACCCCAAAAGGAGAAGCCUAGCGAAGAAGGGCAAGAAGGGCAGCGUCCCCCGGACCAUCCCCCCUGACUGCGUCAUAGUCGACUCGGACAACUUCAAGUUCAUCGUGGACCCAUAUGAGGAGGCCCAGGGCCCAGAAAUGCUGACUCCUGUCUCCAUCACCCAAGACAUUUUGGAAAGAUUCCAAGACACGUUCACGUCGCGAUGGGCGGGACAUCUGGGAAGCAAGCACUUUCCCAGCCAGGCCCAGUGGGAGCAGGCCCUGGGCAGCUGCAGCGGCUUCUUCUUCUAUGGAAUGGAGAGCUUCCUGUCCCAUAUAUUAGUGGAGAGAUUGGUCGCCAUGAACUUGCAAGAGUGCCAGGUGGCAGUCCUGCUGGACCUGGCGCGGUCCUACCAGAGCUUGAAGCGGCACAUGAAGAGCGUGGAGCACAGGAGAUCUGUUGGCCGUUGGGAAGCCGGUUGGAGAAACGGUGCGUCUCCUUCAGAAGAUGAGUGGCGACGAGGUGGUGAACCAAGACGAGACUUCUCAGACCUUGAAGGACAAGCUGCUGUUGCUCCAAAGCUCCGAGCUCCUUCCCACCACACUCAACUUGGUCCUGUAUGGGCUGCCGCACCAAGCCAUCGGAUAGUGCAGACCUGCCUCCCGUCAGCUGCUGGGGCCCCAGCACUUACCUCUGCCCUUGGCUCUGCCCCUCUGCCAACCCACCCCAGCUCCCAGCUCUCUCUCCCCUUCCUGGGCGUCUCCCCAGCCCUUGGUGCAGCCUCAGCCAGAGACCCUCCCCCAGUGACUUCCCGCCAGGCAGCCGCCUGGACCUCCAGCUCUGCCUGCCUGUGUGCGCCACGGGGUCUGCGUCGGGGCUGGAGUCGCGUCUCUCCCUGGGGCCAGGACAAGGGUGGCCUCCCCUUGGCGGCGCUGGUGCUGAGUUGCUUAGACCAGAAGACUGUUCAGACCGUGAGCCUGUUUUUGAUUUGA